AUGACGGGCUUAGUGUGCAGCCAAUAUACAACUGAAAUUAAAGCAGAUUUUCUCUACGAGUCAGUAGAACACAUGCAUAGUCUUCAUACGGAAAUUAAACAGCCCAAUGGCUAUGAAUUUGAUAUGGUCGAUUUAUUGGGCUUGGGAGAUAAUCACCAUGAACGCUUAAAGAGGCAACCAUCAUUACGAAAUUCAGCUUCGAAGUUUCUGUUGGAAGUUUAUAAUGAUAUAAGUGAGAAUGAAGCAGAAUUGGGUCAUGUGCGUGAACAUUUGGCUCAGGGGAGACGCCAAAGAAGAGCUUUGAGAGAAGAAAACUUUAUAACGAAAUUCGAUCGCAUGGAAAUUGAAAAGUGUAAUAAUAUUAUAACAUUUUCGAGUAAAAAAACUUUAAACUCCAAUAGCCAACUUAUUGCAGAUAUACCCAUUGCUAGUGAUAUGCUGAUUGGCUUCAAUACAAAUGAUGUACCCCGUGACUUGCAACUUGUACAUUCCGGCCUGAGAAUCUAUCAACAACCCAGCUUGGGAAAGUAUGUGCAAAACACUGACACCCAAAAGGCCACCAUUUCUGUGUAUCAAAGAGUGAUGUAUCGCAAAGAAUACACGGGGGCUUUGAGAAUUCUAACCUCAAUUAAUACCACAACCACCUACAAAGGUUGGCUGGAAUUUAAUAUGACACGUAUAUUAAAUCGCUGGCUAACACAGAAAUCUUCCCAACCUGGACGUAUUAAUGAAUUGUUGGUGGGUGUCACUUUAGAUAUGGAUAAUGCUGCACAUGAGACAAAAACUGUGGAAAUCUUAGCCAGUGAUUUGGGUUUGGUUAAACCGGAUUUCUCCGACGAAAUGAUCGAUUUGCAGCCAUUUAUUAUAGGCUACUUUAACGGACCCGAAUUGAUGGCCAAAAUUCAGACAUUACGUUUUAAACGUGACGUUAUAAAACGUAAACGUAAGGCCGAUUUUUAUAUGCCGCCUCCGCCACCCAUACAAGAAAUCUAUAAGCUGCCCAAAAACUGCGAACGUUUGAAUUUCACUUUGGACUUUAAGGACCUACAUAUGCACAAUUGGGUGAUAGCUCCCAAAAAAUUCGAAGCAUAUUUUUGUGGCGGUGAAUGCAAUUUCCCUUUGGGUUCAAAAAUGAAUGCCACCAAUCAUGCCAUAGUGCAAACGUUAAUGCAUUUGAAACAGCCCAACUUACCGAAACCCUGUUGUGUACCCACUGUAUUGGGUUCCAUAUCGAUAUUGCAUUAUCUGAACGAAGACAGUGUUAAUUUAAGUAAAUAUCCUCAAAGUGUGGCCAAGGAGUGUGGUUGUCAUUAG